AUGGGCCCUUCGAAGCCACUCAUGGGGCCUCCGCAGGCGAUGACGCGUCAGCGUGUCAAUUUGGUCGGAAUCAUUAUGGCGCUGUUUGUGCCAUGGUUUGUGUUCAUUGCAAUUUGCGGGCUGUGGUCCUUCAAGCUACGGUACAUCUCACCUGGAGUGGUGAUUGCCAUCACGGUUUCGCUGGGAGUCCUCCUGGGGCUCUACACCCUCUACAGGGUUCAGCUGUCUUGCCGGGCCGUGAUCUUUGGCCAUUUUCACUUGGUUGAGACAGGAAGAUUUGCCGUGUGGCUGCUCUUCAUCGCGGUGACCGCUUCAAUUGCGUUCGUACUGGGUUUGCUCAUGGGCAGUUACAACUACCAGACGAACAUGCGCUCGAUUUUCGACGUUGUGUCGCUGAACUCCUACGUUGAGGUCAAUCCUUCAACGAUGAGGGGUCAGGAGUUGAUGGAUGCAGGCAAAGUCCAGUUCGUAGCAGGAGCUGGUCUGGAUGUCCGUUUGGCCAAUGGGUUCAAGAACACUGAUGUCUUCUGCGUUGCUCCCAUCACUGUGAACAACCUGGUGCUGGCUUCCUACGACUUCUGGGCGGUCGGCAAAAAUUGCUGUUCUGACCAGCAAGCAGACUUCAAAUGCGGAGCGUACAACAGUGAUGGCCCAAAGGGUGGGCUCAGGAUAACCAGCGAUGAGGAUCGAGACUUCUACAGGCUUGCAGUGCAGCAGGCAGAAUCUGCCUACGCCAUCAAGGCCAUCCACCCGCUCUUCUUCGAGUGGACUGCAGACUCCUCCAAGCAGGUCCAGGAUGACGAACGGGCUGGAUACCAGAUGUUUCUGAUUGGCAUCAUUGGACACUUCGCCUUCCAAGCCUUCCUGGUAAUGAUAUCCGUGGCGUGUUUCACAAAGAACAGUGAGUUCUCGGAUGCCAUGGGCCAGUACUUCUCCCUGCGUGGCGCUGAGGAAUGGGCAGAGACCCUGGACAAGACGGCUUUGCCAUCGAUUUGGUCAACAGCCACCUACACUCCCCUCGCCAAGUCGCGGCAGAUCCUUCUCACGCGGCCAGGAAACGUGGAAUACGUCUUUCCAGGUACAUUCAGGCAGGGCGGCAACUAUGUACAGGUCAGUGAAGCUGCCGAAGUGGUACUCAUCGUUGGCUUUGAUGCGGACAGUGGCCGAUGCUACUCAGGAGUCGUUCUCCAAGCUCAUUGCAACUUUCCCCACAAGUUCUCACGAACGGUGGAAGAGGUGACAUCUGCCGAGAAGAAGGAGGCACCCGCUUCGCCUUCAGAUUGGGAGUCACAGGACACGCGGUGCCCUUCAGUGGAGAAGCUGCGCAGAGAGUGCAGCUGGAUGUCUCGGAGCCCUUCAGGGGCUCGAAUCAGCCCUACAAGCACUUUGGCCAAGAGUGCCUCGCGGAGCAGCGGUCUCUCGCUUGAGAAGUUUGGCGAGUUGGAGGAGGCCCCACCGACGCGUGAGCAGUUGUGGCCAUGUUGUCUCUUCUACGCCGUAAAGGAGGGCAUCCUUGUGCACUUUGCGGAUGACAUCGAAUCUUGCGAAGAGGUGGUUCGCUCUGUCCAAGCUCGAUAUCGGGAUGCCCAGGGCACGGUCGGCGCUCCUCCAAAUCAUCCACAGGUCCACAUCGUCCGGCACAGUGCCGGAGGUGCUCCACCGGUGGCCGGACGCAUGAUCUCCCAAGUGCUGAGGAAUGACCUGAAGCGUGACUUCAAGGUGUUCAGCACGGCUAGCCAGCAGAAAGAUUUCACAAACUGUGUCGCAUUCAGCAUGCGCAUUAUCAAGGACUUUCAAUUGGCGGUGCGCGGCUUUGACAUCGUCAAAGUUUGCCAGAGCAAUCCUGCUCUUGGGCACAAGACGGGAGAGGUUGUCGGCAGUGCCUGGGAGAAGCUUUAUCACGCGGUGUAA